AUGACAUAUGAUGAAAUUGCAAAGAAGCUUUUUCGUGUCAUGGAAGAAACAAGAUGUUUAGUGAUUCUUGAUGACAUUUGGAGUCUAGAGACGUGGAAUCUUUUGAAAGUUGCAUUUCCGAAUGAGAAAACCGAGAGCACAAUAUUACUUACAACACGUUAUCAAGCAGUUGCUUUGCCCCCAAAUAGAAAUUGUUUUCUCUACAAACUCCAGCCACUAAAUGAGAAUGCGAGUUUGGAACUAUUUGAGAAGAUAGCAAUAUUUGGAAGGGCUGAUAUCGCCAUUGUUGGGAUUUUACAGUUUUCAAAUAUUGCCGAGCACGCAGCAAUUUUAUCAAUUGCCAUUCUUGAUUUGAGAAUUUACACAAAGAUGAGAGAAUUAGGAAUAAAGAUGCUUCGACAUUGUGUAGGUUUACCAUUAGCCGUCAUUGUGCUUGCCGGAGUAUUAUCUAGAAAAAACACCAUUAAAGAGUGGGAGACAGUGCAUGAGAAUGUUCAUGAAUGCAUUAGGAGGGGCAUAGGUCAUGAAGAAUAUGAAGGAGCAUCAUGGGUGUUGGCGCUCAGUUAUGAUCAUCUACCAUAUCACUUAAAACCAUGCCUUUUAUAUUUAGGUCAUUAUUCUGAAGACCUUGAGAUUUCAGUGAGCACAUUGACUAAGUUAUGGGUGGCAGAAGGUCUUAUCUCGUUAAGACAACCAAGACAUGUUUCGGGGGAAACAACGGAGGAGAUAGCGCGCAAUUGCUUAAGUGAGUUGGUGGAAAUGUGUGUGGUUCAAGUGGGAACAACUGGUUCAACUGGGACAAUGAAAACUUGUCAGAUCCAUGACCUUAUACGAAACUUGUGUUUGUUAAAGGCAAAAGAGGAAAGCUUUGUACAUAAUUGCUAUUCUUUGCAAGAAAAUGAAGCAACUAAUCCUUUUACUUCUUCUAUGGUAGCCAAGGCAGCACCAUUAGGGAAAGUUCGAAGACUUUCAAUUUACUUGGAUGAGAACCCUGAUAUGUUGCUUUCAUCAAGAUAUGAAACAAAUGGCCACGUGAGGUCUCUAUUAUACUUUGGCCUAACAGAACGGAGGCAGAAAAGUGAAAAGUUGUUACUUUCUUUGCUAAUGAAUUUCAAAGUUCUUAGAGUCUUGAAGGUUGAAGAUAUGAAAGUAGAAGUAGAGUUGCCAAGUGAAAUUGGAAAUAUCAUCCACUUAAGGUUUCUAAGUGUGAGGGGUAGCAAAAUGAAAAGGUUUCCAUCAUUCCUAGCAAGAGGUAACCUGAAGCUGUCUACUCUUGGUCAUUUACAGACCUUAGAUGUGCUUUCAACUGAGUAUUGUGAUUUGAAAGAUGUUGCUGGAUUAACCAAUCUUAGAAAACUGAACAUAAAACUGGCAAGCUCCGUGGAAAAUCUGGAGGAAAUUUUGAAAUCUGCAGGCAGCAUGCUAAAUCGUGUCCGGUCUCUAUUUGUGUACAUUGAUUAUAACUCUGCAAGGAAGAGUAGUUAUGAGGAGCAGGGGAUUGACGACACUUCCAGAUGGGCUAAGAUAUCUUACUAA